AUCACAUGAACAUAAUUCUCGAGAAGAAACAUUUCGAAAUGAAUUAGAUCAAUUAGCAACUGAAAAAGAUUCAUUUUGGCAACAACGCAUCGAUGAAGCAUGUAAUCGUGUACGCGAACAAUGUUCAAUUGAUCAAAAUCGAAAAGAAUUAUUGUUAAAAAAUGAAUUUGAUGAACAAAUAAUUGAUUAUAAUAAUCGAUUAGAAACAUUAUCAAGUCAAAAUAAUGAUUUUUUAAAAAGACUCAAUUCACUUCAAACAGAUUCAUCAGCUCAGUUAGAAGAUGCAAAUACCAAAUUACAGAUAUAUGAAACUGAUCUUGCUAGUGAGCGUGAAAGACAGAUGGAAUUAUUAAAUAUGAUAUCAUCAAAAGAUGAACAAUUACUUCGAUUUGAAAAAGAAAAAAAUGAUACUAUCAAAGAUCUAUCCGGAGAAGUUGACAUUUACAAAGAACAAGUAAGACAGUUUUCCAUAACAAUUGUUCAAUUAGAAAAAAAUUUAUUAGACGAACAAGAAAAACGACUUAAAUUACAAGAUGAUGUUGAACAGUGUAACAAACAAUCAAAAGAAACGUUACAAUCGCAGUCAUACGAAACAAUGGUGCCUGUCAUUCCUGUUAUGGCAUCAUCUGAUAUAAAUCAUGAAUUAUUUGCCUGUAAAGCUCGUAUACAAGAACAAGAUCAAAUUAUUAUAUCAUUAAGACGUGAUUUAUCGGGUGCUUCAGCACGAUUAUCCGAUGUUCAAGGUGAACUAAGUGAAAAACAAAAACGUCAAUUAGAAAAAAAUGAAACAUUAAUUCGAGAACAAACACGUGAAUUAGGUGAUACAAGAUCAAAAUUAUCAAAAUUAUCCGAUAUUGUUGAUAAACAAUCACAUCAUAUUGAAUUAUUACAAACAGAUUUAACAAAAUCCAAGACACUCUCAAAUCAAUAUCAAUUAUUAGUUGAUCAAAAAGAAGCUGAAAUUGAGCGAUUAUCUAAAACAGUCGAUCAAAAAAAUGUCUGUGUUGACAGAGUAGAAAAACAUAAAGAUGAAGAACACGGUCGUAUAACUCACGAAUUAGUUGCUGUUGGUGCCCAAUGUAAAGGCGAACGUCAUGAACAAACAAUAUCGAGACAACGUGAAGCUCUAAAUGAAUUACGUGCUCGAAUAAAAACUCUUGAACAAUUACGUCCAGCUAAUCCUCCAUAUGAAAAAGUUUUACAACAAGUCAUACUUUUGAAAAAAGAACUGGCUGAAUUAAGAGCAAAACAAGCGUUACCAACCAAUAUGCCAAGUUUAACAUUAUCUUCAUCAUCACAACAGUCACAACAAUAUCAGCGAACAUCGCCCAAUGAUGAUAUACAAAGUGCCGAAAUUCAAAAAAUAAUUGAAGAACGAACAGCACAUGCCGAUACUAUGAAUGCAUUACAAACUUGUGAAGAAAUGAAUAGUACAUUAGUGAGAAAAUUAGCUCAGUUACUAGAACUGGAUGAUGAAAUAUCGAAUGUAACACCAUUAGCUACUCUGAGCAUGAGUGAACGUUAUGCUGGAGUGCAACAACGGCAAAGAGCAGCGGAUAUGUUAACACAAAAAAUUGAAAUGCUUCAAGAUCGUUUAUCUAGAAAAGAAGAAUUAUUACGAGAUUAUGAAAAAGAUCUUGGCAAAUUGAGACAAGCUGAAAUACUGAUUAAAGAAAAAAAUAUGUUACUGCAAGAUCUUGAGAUUGGUAAACGAACCAAUGAAGAUGAAGCUCUAUUUUUACGUAAUACAUUGAAAGAAACACAAGAUCAGUUAAACCAAGAAAAACGUGUUAAUACAGCGAUCAAGUUAGGAAGAAAUAUUGAUAGAGAUCAUUCAAGCGAUUUAAUUCGUCGUGGUGGUUCGAGUCACUCAAUGACUACAUUACAUCAUCACAGUGCACCCGAUGUUGAACCAAAAAUAAAAACAGUCAAAAAAGAAAUGAAUCAAAAAAUAGCAAGAAAAGAUUAUGAAAUUAAAACACUAAAACAUGAAUUACACGAAGCAUUAGAUACUUUAACUGAACAAUCUCAUCGUGUCAAAUUGAUGGAAUUACAGUCUCGAGAUGCAUCUCACGAAUCUUAA